GCCCGCGCGGCCGUCUCACGAUGCACGCCGUCCGGGCCCGCGCGCUCGUCCCGACGCGAUGCGCGUCGUCGCGCGCGCCCUCCUCCGCGGUUCGACGAUCCCGACCCGCGCGUCUCGCGACGCGAGCGCGCGCGUCGCCCUCGGACGGCGACGACGACGACGUCUCGAGUUCGAAACGACCGGAGGACGACGACGUGCCUCCGCCGGUGCAGCUCACGGAGGACCAAGCGCGCAUCGCCGCGAUCGCCUUCGAGGUUCUGUACGAGAAGGACGCGGCCGAGAGCUUGGAGGAGAUGCUCGUGGACAAAGAGCGGCCGGGGUUGAGGUUCAAGCUGCAGCAGGCCAUCAAAGCCGCGAACGAGGCGUGCAAGGGCGGCGCGACCGUGGAGUGCUCGAUCGCGUGGGAGGAAGUCGACGGGCUCGAAGACGCGGCGAUGCGCGCGGGGAUGACGCAAAACGCGCCGGAGAGUUCGCCGCUGUACAAAGCCCCGCCGCCGCCCGAGAAGGCUGGGAAAGCGGACGCGAAAUCGAAAGAUAAAGAGAAACCGAAACCGAAAUCGAGCGGCUCCGGGCGCAUGAGCAAUCCCGCGACGAUGGCGGGCGUGGACCCGCUCGCGGGGGUGAUGCCGUGCGCGGACGAGAGCUGCGAACCCGCCGCGGGGACCUUCGUCGCGCGCGCGAGACUCGAAGACGCGCUGAAAGCCGCGUCGAGCGGCGAGGGGGGGUCCGAGGGGGACGCGAGCGACGCGGACGACGAGACGCUCGCGGGGGCGAUCAGGGACGCGGUCGACGUCGCGAUAUCGCUGUGCGAGUCCGGCGCGGAGGCGUCGCAGUGCGCGGUGGCGUGGGAAGUCGUCGAGGAGCUGUCGUCGAGCGCCAACAGGAAAAAACGCGCGGAAGAGGGCGGCAAGUGAGAAGCGAGCGCGCGCGCGCUUCCGUUUUCAUUGGGUUUACGUGUGAUCGUCAUUCAUUCAACACGCCCGCUCGCGCGCGCGAGAGAGAGACGCGGUCGCGAGAAGACCGUCGUCGCUCGCUUCGCUUCACUUCAUCUCCGCGACGGACUGCUCG